AUGAAUCAGUGCGCCUUUGUGAGCUGUCUACUGGUUAUCGCGCUUGUGUACUCGAACUUAAAAUCAGUAGUGGCGGACGGCAAUACAAAUUUCCAGUUCACUAAACACCUGUACAAUGUCAGCAUCCCCGAGAACAGUAUCGCCAAGACUUACGCCACCCAAACACCCGGAUCGGAUCUUAUGGGAAUCCGUCUCCCUCCAGACACGUUCUACGACAUCCGAUAUAAGAUAGUAGAGGGGGACAAAGACAAAUUCUUCAAAACAGAGCAUAGAAUAGUGGGUGACUUUUGUUUCCUGUUCAUCAGAAUUAAAACAGGGAAUAACGAUGUACUCAACAGAGAACGCAGAGACAAAUAUAAUCUACAAGUACGAGCAUCUGCUUUUCUCAAAGAAGGAAAGCAAAAAGUCCAGUUUACUACAGACACCACCGUUGCAGUUACAGUUACAGACACCAACGAUCUUAAUCCCCUGUUCUAUCCUACAGAAUACAACGCCACUGUUUUUGAAGACACCCCAGUUCAUCAAAGUAUCCUGAAAGUAGUUGCUGAAGAUGCAGAUCUCGGUAGAAAUGGAGAAAUCUACUACAGUUUCAUUGAAGACACCGAAAAGUUUAUGAUUCAUCCCAUAACUGGUAUAAUAUCUCUAACGAGACCAUUGAGAUAUAACGAGGGAUCCUAUCACGAAUUGACUGUAUAUGCACAAGAUCGAGGUGCUUCUACUAAAAGCGGUUUUGGUAUGGUUAGUAAAGCUAAAGUAAGAAUAAGAGUGCAGAAAGUAAAUUUCCAUGCCCCAGAGAUUAAAAUAAGACGACAUCCAGAGAUAGUUGAAAAUUCAAAUGCUGAUAUUUACGCCAUCGUUAAUGUUGCCGACAAAGAUAGUGGAAUUCACGGAGAAAUCGCCAGUUUGGAGAUAGUUGAUGGAGAUCCAGAUGGACAUUUCAGAAUACGACCGACGAAACAGCCAGGCGAAUAUAAUAUAGAAGUUUUAAAGUUACUUGAUAGAGAAACUGCUCCAAAUGGAUACAUUUUGCAAUUAAGAGCUGUAGAUAAAGGAAUUCCUCCAAAAGAAAGCUACAAAUCUGUUCACGUUAUUCUUGCCGAUUUCAACGACAAUGCUCCAGUAUUCAAUAAAGAAAUUUACGACAUUAAAGUUCCAGAAUCAGCUCCCGUAAAUACACCUCUGAUUAGACUGAAAGUAACCGACGCCGACGAAGGAAAGAAUGCUCAAGUUUAUCUAGAGAUUGUUGGAGGUAACGAGGGCGGAGAAUUCAGCAUAAAUUCUGAGACGGGAAUGCUUUACACGGCAGUGCCUUUGGACGCAGAAAACAAACAAUUUUAUAGCCUCACCGUCUCUGCAAUUGACCAAGGGAACGUUGCGACACGGAAACAGUCCUCAGCGAAAAUAAAAAUCUACGUGGAAGAUACGAACGAUAAUGAUCCAAUAUUCGAAAAAGCUGAGGCCGUAGUCUGGAUAGACGAAAAUAUGCCAGCAGGGGCUUCGGUCACGACAGUGCAUGCCAAAGAUAAGGAUAGAGGAGAGAACGCUUAUAUUUCUUAUCUUAUCGCUAAUCUGAACAAAGUCCCGUUUGAAAUCGACCAUUUUUCUGGGAUAAUUAAAACUACGAUGCUACUAGAUUAUGAGAGCAUGCGAAGGGAAUAUGUGUUGCGCGUACGAGCGUCCGACUGGGGACUUCCUUAUCGACGACAAACCGAGAUGCAGCUUACCGUAAAAGUGAAAGAUAUUAAUGACAAUAGACCACAAUUCGAACGAGUUGACUGCUUCGGCCACGUCCCUCGUAACAUGCCUAUCGGCUCAGAAAUAAUAACUCUUUCUGCUAUCGAUUUCGACGCCGAAACUCUGAUAGAAUACCGAAUCGUUUCCGGCAACGAAGACGGAUGCUUUUCCAUCGACGCUACUUCGGGCACUAUCAGCGUAAGCUGCGACCUCAACGAUAUCAAAGUAGGCGAAAGAGAGCUGAACGUUACAGCAACAGAUAACACUCAUUUCGCCGAUAUAGCCAGGGUCCGUUUCAAGUUCGUCAACGGUAAAAGAAAAGUGUCGGCGAGCGGAAAAUCUUUUAGUGACGAGUUAGAACAAUUCGACUGCAGGGAUACCGGAGUAGCCCGAAAAUUAACCGAGAUUUAUGCGGAUGCCGAGCAUAAUAACAAGCCUUCGACGCAGGAGGAAUUCCCAAUGAUGCCGACUCGCUACGGCCUGAAUGUGCACUCUCCCGAAUUCUUAGAUUUCCCCGUUCAAAUUAAGGUGAACGAAUCUGUUGCUCUUGGCACCACGUUAAUUAAGUUACGCGCUCGAGACCGAGAUUUGGGAUAUAACGGCAAACUACUUUUCGGAAUAUCCAGCGGAGAUUUGCGAUCACAGUUCUGCAUCGACAUGGAAACUGGAGAACUGAAAGUAAUUGGAUACUUGGAUAGAGAACGAGACAGUACAUACUUCUUGAAUACUUCUGUGUACGAUCUGGGAAAACCGCAAAAAUCGUGGUCGAGGAUCCUGCCUAUAACCGUACUCGAUGUUAAUGACAAUCCUCCCCGGUUCGAGAAAACUUUGGCAAGCUUUAGAGUUACUGAAAAUGCCUUAAAUGGAACAGCUAUAUUCAGAGCCAAUGCUACAGAUGCCGAUGAAGGUGACAACGCUAAAAUUACCUACUCUUUAGUUACAGACACCAAAGACUUUUCAAUAGACCCAACUAACGGUGUCCUCACAGUUUCUAACGCUCUUGAUAGAGAACGACAAGACUUAUACGAACUAAAAAUCAGAGCUACCGAUGGUGGCGGUAAAGGGCCAGAGAAUCCUCCUCUCUACUCCGAAGCUUUAGUGAGAAUAUCUAUUGAUGACAUCAACGACAAUCCUCCUAAAUUUAGCUUACCUAAUUAUCUUGUUAAAAUACGAGAAGACGUGCCAAAAGGAACAGUGGUGGCGGUUAUUUCGGCUUCAGAUCCAGAUCUCGGCAGUGAAGGAGAGAUCGUUUAUUCCUUGGAAGACAGUGAUAACGAAAAGGCGUUUAAGAUCGAUAACUCCUCCGGUACGAUCCGUACUACAAAGCUUCUGGACUUCGAGGAACGUCAAGUGCAUAGUUUGGUGGUUUACGCUAAAGAUAAGGGCAAUCCUUCGCUUUCGUCUGAAGCCAGUGUCACGAUAAACGUGGUGGACGUGAACGAGAACAUGCACGUGCCGCAGUUCGGAGACUUUGUGUUGUCGGGAAAAGUGAUGGAAAAUUUGCCAGUAGGCAGCUUUGUGAUGCAAGUGAAUGCUACCGAUGCCGAUCCCCCCGGUGGCGAUAGCACCAUUGAAUACUCCAUUAGAGGUGGCGAUGGAAUAGGGAUUUUCUCCGUAGACAACAAAGGUGAGUCUAAAUUUAUUAUUGCGAGUCAGGUCGUAUCAAAGGAGUUUUCUGUUGAUAAUAGAUGUUCGGCAAUUCUUUAUAAUAUCUAUUCAAAGAGCUUUUAUUAUGUUCCUACGUCUGGAUAUUAA